UUCUCUAUCCUUCUCUUCCCUCCAAUAUCUAAUCCUAAUUUUCCGGAAAUGGGAAGUCGUCGGAGUUUUCUCCAGUCGUGUUCUUGUCCACUUUCUCUGUUCGUCGUAGUUGUUGCACUGGCAGCUCCAUCCGCCGACGGGUCUAGGGCGGCGCGGGUGCCUUGCUACUUCAUAUUUGGGGAUUCUCUUUACGACAGUGGCAACAACAACAACCUCAACACGUCGGUGAAAGUCAACUACUCUCCCUACGGCAUCGAUUUCCCGGCCGGACCCACCGGCAGGUUCUCCAACGGUCGAACCGCGGCCGAUAUAAUUGGUGAAACGCUGGGAUUUAAGGACUUUAUCCCACCUUUUGCAUCCAACCCUGACGACAGACAGAUACUCGUAGGGGUCAACUACGCAUCUGGGUCCGCUGGGAUUCUAGUCCAGAGUGGAAAACAAGGGGGUGACAACGUAGACCUGAGCAAGCAACUGAGGAACCACAAAGUGACUGUUUCGCGUAUAGUUAAGAAAUUGGGGAGCAAGAAGGCCGCCUUUGAGCACCUAGGGCAAUGCUUGUACAUCUGCAAUAUGGGGAACAACGAUUAUAUCAACAACUACAUUCUGCCCCAAUCUACCGCCAUCAGGAGUCAGUACAACCCGGCUCAAUUCGCCGCACUUCUCGUCGCUCGAUACUCUGCUCAGAUUAAGCGGAUGUACGAGUUGGGAGCAAGGAAGGUGGCGCUUGCGGGCAUUUCGAACAUCGGCUGCACUCCAAGUUUGAUAGCAACCGUUGGGACUAACGGUGCUCCCUGUGUUACCUCAGUGAACCAACUAGUGGCUCCUUUCAACAUCGGACUAAAAUCACUCAUCAGCCAGCUCAAGUCGGCUCAUCCUGACGCCAAAUUUGGCUACCUGGACACCAUACGGGCCGGAAUUCUUGCUAGCCAAGGUAAUAGAUUGAUACGCUCAGAGUUUAAGGUAAGAACGACGCCGUGUUGUCAAGUGAGUACAGUGACGGGGCUAUGCCUUCCUAAUACGGUUCCCUGCUCUCAGAGGCAAUCCUACUUGUUCUGGGACGCCUUCCAUCCUACUGAACUCGCGAACCGGCUCGGCGCGCCCAUUCUACUUCCGGUCAUCCAGCGGAUAUUGUAAACUUGUUACUGUGCCCAUCAUUUGCCUCAGCGCGCAGUUAACCUUUGGAGUGAUUUUUCUGACUGUUGGGG